GGUGCUGUCAGAGAUGGGUGGCUGCUGCAUGCGUGCUGUGCACACUCGACCACGCGACGAUCGGACCAGUAAAUGAGACUCGAUCACGACUCGCGACUCAUCACUAUACUGACUCUGCAGGCAUUUGUAUGCGAGCCUGCUUGCCCCACGGAUGACCGCGCCUUGCUAUGCGGCGGUCUUGCUCGGAGCUGCGAGUGAAGCAAACCACGCCGAGACCUCCCGGCCUACCCAAUGCCCUCGCCCCGAAAUCCUGCUCCUCUCCUCUUUUUCUUCCAGCAUAUCCAGCAGUCACGAACAUCUGAACCCGACUCACAUUCUGCCAAGCACCUCACCGACUGCGCCGCGAAGGGAGACCGAAGACGAGGCCGCGCUCGCAUGGCGCUGCAUGCACGCCCAAACGAUGCGCACCUGUAAAAGGCAAUCAUCCAGCGCACCCAUCUUGCUCUUGCAUCCACGCGAGGCCACCUUUGCGUCAUUCGUAAUCAACACUUCAUACCACACCCACGACCUUCGACCUGGUCUGGGCUACCAGUCUAGAUCUCUGGCUCGAUCAGCAACAGCGACAGCGUCCACGAUGAUGCACAGCUCACAUACAUUUACAAAGAGCUAAGGCAUGUCAACGAGGUCAAGUUCGCGAUGUAGCUUCGGAGCGCCCAGUCGAGUGGAGCAAGGCGGUAUCGCGUGCCUUUAUUGCAG